UCAGUCAUUCAGCUCUGUGCACCGCUGCUGUUUCGUGAGGCUGUAGAGCUGGUGAGCAGCCCGUGAUUUGGGGAAUAAGCACUUGUAUCUGCGCCAGCUACCUCAGAGGCAAACUAGAUAGUGGAAGGAACGCUGUGGCUGUGGAUUUUUACCUGCUCACAUCAGCAAGAGAUGGAUUUGUGGCUUCUUUUUAAGUUUGGAGAGAAUGUGCUGCAGGCGUAGAUGGCAUAAAUCGCUCCUUUUUGGCAACAGAGUGAUAGAGAAAUUGGUGUUUACAAAAUCUGCCUCUCCUCUUUAAAGCUGCCAGAUGUAUAUCUGCACCUGUUAGGUAGAAAACUCUGGCAGUACUCUCCAAAUCAUUGAGAUGUAACGUGAUUUAUCACAUGGUUAAAGAGGCGAAAGAUACAGUUCAGCAAGUUUGACCUCAACGACAGCUGCUAUUCCUGAUUACUCCUGAGACCAGGGGGGGUGAAAAAUGACUGGAUCCAGGCAGGACAAACGAAGUAACCUGUGAUGUCAGACUUCACCUGGGGCAGUCCACUCAGACUGUGCUGAGCUGUUGGCAGCAAGAGCAGACUGCAUUUCCAGGUGUAUAAACCACAUCAGACCUGACUCACCUGACAUCAUUGCAUCUCUUGUUUUCGCUUGGCUCGUCACGUCAUUUUCUCACCUCAUCUUCUUAGUAAUCUCAACCGUCAAACCCACCACCUCUCAUUCUCUCCCCAUGGAUCCACUCAAAAGACGAGAGAAGCGACGCUGAUUAAUGCGACUCCCAGAAGCCUCCGUCUGAUUCCACGGCACUAGAAAUAGAAAGCAGAAAGAAAAAUUCUUGGCACUUGUGAACUGUCAUCACACAGAACAAGAGAAAAAUCAUGUGGAAUCAGUCCGGUUACUGCAAUCACAUCCCUCACCCUGGAUAUCCCUUCUAUCAUGCACCCUGCAGCCAUAACCAGAGGACCACAUCAUUUCGCCAUCCUAUAACGGGACAGAUUUCCCCAGAGAACGUGGACUACAUCCUGCAAGAACAGCCUCAGGGUUCUCGUAUAAUGUCCAAACCCACAGGCGAACAGCUCUCUAGUACCACUGUCAGCGAGGCCUCCACAGCCAUCACCUCCUCUACUGUGGACACUUCUGCCUCCAAGGCCUCUCGGCCUGGUGGCAAGGUUCACAGCUUCGGGAAAAGAGAGCAAUCCAUCAAGAGAAAUCCCAAUGUCCCAGUGGUGGUCCGAGGAUGGCUGUACAAACAGGACAGCUCUGGGAUGCGUCUUUGGAAGAGGAAGUGGUUUGUCUUGGCAGAUUUCUGUCUGUUCUACUACAAAGACAGCAGAGAGGAAUCGGUCCUAGGCAGUAUUCCUCUGCCCAGCUAUGUCAUUUCAACCGUGGGACCCGAGGAUCACAUCAGCCGCAAGUAUGCUUUUAAGGCUAGCCACACUGGUAUGCGCUCGUACAUUUACAAGCAGAGCUCUGUGAUUGGCUCGCAGGCGGAGCACACUGGGAUGCGGACAUAUUACUUCAGCGCUGACACCCAAGAGGACAUGAACACCUGGCUAAGGGCCAUGAACCAGGCCGCAUUGAUGCAGAACCACACCGACACACUUGUCCGACCGGCUGACAAGUUAGACAAGUUGUUGCAGCAGGCUGUUCCCCAGACAAACUACGUUAACCACCACAAGACCAAGACCAAGACCUUAGACAAUGAGACCACAAGGCCCAUCAUCCAUGAGGUUCUUCUGGAGCCCAUACACCGAGACAUAGAGGAGCGCUGCAGCUUUCACAAAGGUUCUCCUGGUAACAUCAUGCCAGAACACCCCAUAGGAAGCACCAGUCUGGAAAUGGACACGCACACUUCACUUCCAUCCAACCCUGCAGCCACCACCAUACCACAGUCAGACCAUGUGUCGGCUUCAGCACCCGUGUCCAGGGUGCCAUCCCGGGCUCCGUCAAGAGCCGCCUCGACUUUGCCCUCCAGCUUUUGCACGAGGAAUGGCCUCGUCUCCACACCCAGUCCCAUUCUGGAGCCCAACGGCAUUGCAGCGGGGACGUACCAAAGGGCCCCGGAGCCACCAGCAACUGACACAUUCAAGCAGGUGCAGAGGAGAAGCACUCUGGAGCAGGUGGAGCAGUGGGUCAAAGUUCAGAAGUCUGAUCACAGAGGUCCCCCAUCCAGAGAGAACACCCUUCCCCGUCGCACGCCACCAACCCAGCAUAAGUACACAUCUGUGGACUCCUAUCAGACCCUGCCAAAAACUCCACGACAGAGCCCCCCACCUGGCCGACUUGGCGAGUACAAAUACGCCCAGGACCGCCUGAGUCACUUCCGACUCACCCCAGAUCAGGGAGGCCCAGGGUCCAAAACUGUUUGGCAGCUGUACGAAUGGCAGCAGCGCCACCAGUUCCGUCACGGCAGCCCCACAGCCCCGCUUUAUACUCCGGCCCCAGAGUAUCCAUUUGGUCCCCGCCCUCCAUCGACUGUGCCUCCGUCUUCCUCAGCACCCAGGUCAGAGGGACCCCCUCGUUGUGUGUCAGUGCCACCUUCAUCCACAGACAUCCCUCCACCGGGGCCUCCACCCGGCUUCAGCCGAACCCUGUCACCCACACGGCGGCCGCACACGCCUGCCGAACGGGUGACAGUCAGGCCUGCGGGUGAUAUUUCAGUGUUAGACAUCCCUUUCACUGUUUCUCCUCGCAGGACCAAAUCUCAGAUGAUAAAGGCUACUACAAUUGAGAGACGCUCAAUGCCUCCAUCUGGAUACAUGACACACACAGUUAGUGCACCCAGCCUUCAUGGCAAAACGCCUGAGGAGCUCACUCUGCUCCUCAUUCAGCUGCGCCGCCAUCAGGCCAAGAUGGCCUCCACACGGCAGCAAACGUUAGCCCAACUCCAGCGGCUCAAUGGUCCCAAAGAGUCCUACUACCAAAACCACCUCUUCACCGAUACCACCUCUAGCACCAGUCCCCUCCUCAGCGCUGGCCCCUCUCCUGUGUCCCACCUCGGACACCUGGGUCUCUCAGCUUCACUUGACCCUCGCAACACCCAGGCUGAUGACACCUACAUGCAGCUGAAAAAGGACUUGGAGUAUCUGGACCUAAAGAUCAGAGCUCUAGAGCCCCUGAUCCUCGCAGUUCACAGUUUACUACUGCACUGCACUGCUGGGCCUCUCAGGCCUGUAAUGAACGUAGCAGGAAGUCAGACACUGAAGGAGUCAGGGAAACCUGUCAAGGUUGCAGAAAGUGAUGUGGAUGUGACGUUGAGUCGGUUAUGCGAGCAGGACAAGAUCCUGAAGGAUCUGGAGGCAAGAAUCAGCUCCCUGAAGGAUGACAAGGACAAGCUGGAGAGAGUACUGGAUGUGUCCCACCAGCAAAUGGAGCAGUACCAGGAGCAGCCAGCUCACAGCCACAAGAUUGCCUACCAGCAGAGGCUGCUGCAAGAAGAUCUGGUGACAAUCAGGGCCCAAAUUUCCCGGCUCUCCACGGAAAUGGCACAUUCCUGGGAGGAGUAUAACGGGCUUGAGAAAUCAAUUGAACAGUUGAGGACGGCACUGCAGGCGCACAUGAAUCACAGCGCCACCUCUCAGCAAGAGAAGGCUGAGAUGAAGCGUGAGCUGUGGAGGAUUGAGGAUGUAAUGGCUGGACUCAGUGCCAGCAAAGCCAACUACAAGAUCACCAUUGAGUCUGUUCAGAACCCAGAGAGGAAAUUAGUGCCUUCAGUGUCAGACCCUGCAGUGCCUUCUCUCAGCACAAAGAUCCAGCCUCCUCCUCGCAGCUUCAUCCCCAACGUCCUCUCCCACACUUUGCCUCACAGCACGGUGCCAAAGUGGGCAGAGGACAACGCCCCACCCAGGCCGCCACUGCCUCAACUCUAUGACUGCGAGGAGAUACCCCCUGUGGUGCCGCCCCUCCCCAAAGAGGCCUCAGUUAUUCGCCACACGUCUGUGCGAGGGCUCAAACGCCAGUCAGAUGAGAGGAAGAGGGACAGGGAGAGUGGGCAGUAUGUUGCCAAUGGAGACUGUAAGGCUGACUUGAGAUCAUACCUGAGUGAACCAGAGCUGCCAGGAAUCAGCCACCACAGUGCGGGUUCUGACACUGACUAUCAGUAUUAUCCAAGCAAAGGCACCUCAUCUCAACUGAACCAGUCCAACUCCAUCUCAUCCUACGUCACCCUAAGGAGAGGUCCAGGGAGCUCAGCGGCAAAGGAGAGACCAAAGAGUGCCUUGGAGCGUCUGUCAUCACCUACUGAGGCCCUGCAGCUUCCUAGCAGCCAGCCUCGGGGCCGGAUGACGGCAGAAGAGCAGCUGGAGCGAAUGAAGCGCCACCAGAGGGCGCUGGUUCGAGAACGCAAGCGGAAUCUCAGUCAGGGCGACCGCUCCUGCACUGGCCUUUCCACCUCCACUGCCACAACACAGCGCUCCUCCUCCUCCUCGAGGCUGCCUUCUAGCUCCUCCGAUCCUCUGGCCUCCGUGUUUGACUGGAGUGGGGAGCGACCUAGAGCAGAAGGUCAGAGCUAUGAAAGGUUGAAUGACGUCAAAGAGAGGGGGAGGAUACAGUCAGAAGAGUGGGUAACGGUAACAGCCACACGUAUCCAAGAGGUGGAUGUGGAACCUUUCGACUAUGACCUGGAUAUCAGCAGAGAGCUGUCCAAACCCAAAAAGGUUCCCAUCCCAGAGCGCUAUGUGGAGUCUGACCCUGAGGAACCUCUUAGUCCUGAGGAGCUGGAGGAACGCUCCCGUCGGGCUGAGCGUAUUAAGAACCUUCUCGCCAAGUCCAGUGUUCAGAACAUUCAGUCAUCAGCAGCGCUGGACUUCAGCGAGCUGGACUCAGCUCUCCAGCAGCAGGAGAGGAUCAUGAGUGUGUCCCAUGCACUGGCCUCAGAGGCCUCGCGCAAAAGCAAACUGGUUGCAGGGACUGAAUGGCUGGAGAGUUGGUGAGCAUGUCUGGUUCAGCUAAAGCUGCUGCAGAGCACUGAACCGGAGUGGCCUACAGAAGCAUCAGUUGGAUGGAUAACAUUUUACAGCAAAUUAACUGAUUCACUUACAACCUUUUUUUAUUACUGAGCACAUGACACCUGAUUUUUUUUUUUUUAAGUUUUUGAUUUGUAGUUUUAAAAAUGACAUCAAGUUUUCUUGCUUCUGCUCUCACAUUGCACAGUUAAUAAUUUAUAACAUGAAAGUUGCUGUUUUUUUAACCUGCAGUGAGAUGUUCUGUAGUUUGGUCUGUAGUUCAGAAAUGAAAGCCAAAAUCAGCGCAUACAGAUUGCAGUGGACAUAUUUAGAAAUGAAUUGUUAAUUUAUUACACUGGCUUGAGAUGCUUCUGCUGUAUGUUUUCUCAACAUUGUCAUCCAAUUAUCACAACACUGAAUGAAACACAUCACAAUAAGCAUUAAA